ACACUGCCUUUAGCAAUACCUGCUUCCACCCAGCUGCUGGUGGGGUGUGAGUGGAGAGCCGGCUCUGCCGAUGGAUGCUGUGGCCAGCAGCCCCCUGGGCUGGCUCUGUGCAGGUGCCACCACGCUUUUUGGGGUGACCAUGCUGUGCAGGGCCCAGAGGAGCCCUCUGCACAAGGCAAGGGUGCUGCUCUGGAGCCUGCUGCCCGCCCUGCUGUGUGUGGCCACGCUGGGGGCUGGCGUGGGGCUGUUUGUGGCCGUGUGCCUGCUCUGCUCAGCCUUCCUGGGGGACAGGGACCUGCUGCCCGUGGGUGACAGAGCCGUGCUCAUCACAGGAAGUGACUCUGGGAUUGGACAUGCCCUGGCUAAAUACCUGGACAGCUUGGGCUUUGUUGUGUUUGCUGGGGUUCUGAACAAGGAUGGCCCUGGGGCUGAGGAGCUGCGGCGCAGCUGCUCCCGGAGACUCUGUGUCCUGCAGCUGGAUGUCACCAGCACCACUCAGGUCCAGGAGGCCUUCCUGACAGUCUCAGAGAAGCUGCAAAAUGCAGGACUCUGGGGUGUCGUGAACAACGCUGGAAUCCUGGGCUUCCCUGCUGAUGGGGAGCUGCUCCCCAUGAGCACCUACAGGCACUGCAUGGAGGUGAAUUUCCUUGGGGCUGUGCAGGUGUCCAAGACCUUCCUGCCACUGCUCAGGAAAUCCCAGGGGAGGCUGGUGAACAUGUCCAGCAUGGCAGGAGGCAUUCCACUACCCAGGUAUGCUGCAUAUGGGGCAUCCAAAGCAGCUCUGUCCAUGUUUUCUGGAGUAAUGAGGCAAGAGCUUUCCAAGUGGGGCAUUAAAGUCACGGCCAUUCAUCCAUCAGGCUUCAGAACAGGUAUCGAAGGCACAGCUGAGCAGUGGGAUCAGCAGGAGAAGGAGCUGAUGGAGAACCUCCCUGCAGACACCAGGCAGGCCUAUGGAGAGGAGUAUCUGCUGGGGCUGAGGAAUUACCUCCUCCUCCUGCCCUCCCUCUGUGCCCCCGACCUCUCCCCCGUGCUGGGCUCUGUCCUGCAUGCUCUGCUGGCCAGGAGCCCCCAGGGCCUCUACACCCCUGGCAGGGGGGCCUACAUCCCCCUCUGCAUCUUCUGCUGCUUCCCCCUCUGGUUCUACGACUUCUUCAUCAGCAAGAUGCUGAGUGCUGGCUCUGUUCCCAGGGAGCUGAGAACAUCAGGAGAGGAAGGCAAGAACCUCUGAGGCGUCCACUGGUGUUUGUCUCACUGGGAAGAACUCUGUACAGACACUGCUACUAAUUCUGUCAUUGUUAAGUUGCUUUGACUCUGCCUUGCAAAGAGGGAAAUCUUUGUGUUAAGAGUAAUGUUUGGGAAAAGCAGUGGAUAAGCAUAAAUAGAAAGCUAUUCCCAGAUGGGGCAUUUUUUGAGGAAUUUCAGUGUUUUCCUGUUGUCUUUGUAUCCUGCUUUCUGUGUAAGGUACCUCAUGAAAUUACAUAGUUCCUGUCUGCUUCUAAAGGUAUCACCAGCACAGAGAGAUGCAGAACGUGUUUUGUUAAAGCGAAACCAAAACCCCUUAAAUCUUGUAAGAAGUUAUAUGUAUUCCUAUUGUUGAAGAGAUUUUGAGCUGUGUAAUGCAAGUCUUUCUCUACAGCUUCAGCCUAAUAUAUUGGGAUCUGCUGUUUUCGUUCUGUUGCUGUUGAAAAUCAUUGUCCUUUCUCCCUCC